CAAUAAUGGCGAUGGGUGAACAACGCCUCCACAUAGCCAUGCUCCCAUGGCUCGCCUUCGGCCACAUGAUUCCCUACCUCCACCUCGCCUUCGCCUUGGCCACCGCCGGCCACCGCGUCUCCUUCCUCUCCAGCCCUCGUAACAACCGCCGCCUUCCUAAAAUACCCCCUCACCUGACGCCGCUCAUCGCCUUCGUCGACCUCCCGCUGCCCCGCGUCGACGGCCUCCCCGAGGAAGCCGAGGCCACCGUCGACGUCCCCGCCGACAAGGGCCCUCUCCUCAAGAUCGCCUACGACUUCCUGCAGAACCCCGUCAAGAAAUUCCUCGCCGACGAGUCCCCGGACGUCAUCCUCCACGACUUCCUCCCCUACUGGGUCCCCGCCGCGGCGCGCGACUUGGGCGUGCUCCCCGUCCUUUUGUUCGCCUUCAACGCUGCCUCCACCGGCUUCACAGGCCCGCCGGAGGUCCUGGCAGAGGAAGGCCGGAGGAGGCGCUGGCCGUCGCCGGAGAGCAUGACGUCGCCGCCCGAAUGGUUCCCCCCCGGCUCCACGGUGGCUUUCCGCCGCCGGGAGGCGGAGCAGUUCUACUCGGAGGUCUUCACCACGAACACCUCGGGGAUUGCAGACGUCGAACGGUUCCGGCUUGCCGUCGAGGGGUGCACCGCCAUCGCCUUACGGACCUGCCCCGAGUACGAGGGGGAGUACCUGGAUGUUCUCCGGAGGAUCUACCGGAAGCCGGUGUUUCCCGUCGGCCUAAUCCCUCCGGCUACGUCUCCAGCGGCCAGCGCCGAUCGGAACGGCAGGUGGGGCCAGAUAUUCGGGUGGCUGGACGCCCAGCCCCCUAAAUCGGUCGUUUUCGUGAGCUUCGGGAGCGAGUACAAGUUGAGCGAGAGCGAAGUCCGCGAACUCGCCUAUGGGCUUGAGCUCUCCAACGUUCGUUUCUUGUGGGCCCUACGUAGGCCCGCUUGGGUCACGGGCGGUGACGAAGAAGCUCUUCCGAAGGGGUUCGCAGCCCGGACCGAGGGCCGCGGCGCGGUAUGCUUCGGUUGGGCUCCUCAGUUGGAGAUCUUGGCCCAUCCUUCUGUAGGGGGGUCUUUGUUUCACUCUGGGUGGGGGUCUAUAAUAGAGACUCUUCGCUAUGGGAAUGCAUUGAUAGUUUUGCCAAACAUUUUUGAUCAGGGCCUUAAUGCCAGAUUGCUGGUGGAGAAGGGCAUUGCAGUCGAGGUGGAGCGAGGGGAUGAUGGCUCGUAUGACAGGGAUGGGGUCGCCAAGGCCUUGCAAAUGGUCAUGCUUUCCAAUGAAGUGGAGGGAUUGAGAAGAAAAGCAAGAGAGAUGGCAGCUGUAUUUGCUGACAAAGAGCUUCAUGAUAGGUAUUUGAAGGAAUUCAUCAACUUCCUCCUUGGGGCUCGGCUCGCAACAAAUCAUUGACUUGAAGCCAAGCACUUACUGUUUUAUGAUCUUAUUGGAUGUAUCCUAUCCGUACUAGAACUAUAUGAAUCAUCGUCUUAGCAAACCUUUUUUACCUAGGAGGAUGUCGGGAUGCCCAAAGAAUAUCAUAGCUAUAUCAAAUAUGAUAUUACCAAAUAUUCUCUUUUGAAUGGCUAAGUAGGUUGAAUUUUGCAUGCCCAUGCGAUAUCUUGGCCAUCAUCUUUGUUCAUCAAGUAUCGGAUAAUAACAAAAUAUUUCUUGGUUGUAACCACUGGUUCGGAAUAGAAUACUCAUUUACUA